AUGGGAGUUCUGGGCGGGGAGAGCCUGACCAUCGGGAGCCCCCUGCAGCCCGCAGCUGUGUUCCAUGUGCAUAGAAAUGCCCUGCCGAAGAUCGUGAUCCUGGGCCCGCCCGCCUCGGGGAAGACAACCAUCGCCAUGUGGCUCGCCAAGCACCUGAAGACCAGCCUCCUCACCAUGGACAGCCUGCUGGCCAUGGACCACUCGGAGCUGGCCGAAGGGGCCCGGAGGCACUACGAGAGGAAGAGGUCGGUGCCCAGCAUGCUGCUCGUCAGACUGGUCCAGGAGCGCCUGCUCCAGGACGACUGCAUCAGCCGGGGCUGGAUCCUGGACGGCAUCCCCGAGACGCGGGAGCAGGCGAUGAUGGUCCAGACCCUCGGGAUCACCCCCAGGCACGUCAUCGCGCUGAGCGCCCCGGACACGGUCCUGAUUGAAAGGAACUUGGGGAAGAGAAUUGACCCUCAAACUGGAGAGAUCUACCACACCACCUUCGACUGGCCCCCCGAGCCUGAGGUCCAGAACCGCCUGGUGGUGCCCGAGGGCAUCUCGGAGCGGGAGACGGUGCAGAGGCUGCUGCGGCACCACAGGAACAUCGUCAGGGUGCUGCCCUCGUACCCCGGGGUCCUGAAGGUCAUCAGCGCCGACCAGCCCUGCGUGGACGUCUUCUACCAGGCUCUGACCUACGUCCAGACCAACCGUCGGUCCAACGCCCCCUUCACGCCCCGGGUGCUGCUCUGCGGGCCGGUGGGCAGCGGGAAGAGCCUGCAGGCCGGGCUCCUGGCCCAGAAGUACGGCCUCGUCAACCUGUGCUGCGGGCAGCUGCUGAAGGAGGCCGUGGCCGACAACUCCAGGCAGGGCAAGGCCAUCCAGCCCUUUUUUGAAAAGGAGAUGACAGACCCACAGGCCUCAAGCUCUCGUUCCUGCCUGAAUCGGUGGCGACUCCGUGGCCUCCUUCCCUGGGCACCUCCCACCACAGGGCCCCGCGCUUCCCAGGAAAGCGGCCCUCCGCCCCUGCCCACUGGGCGCCGGGUCCCCAGAUUUCACUUCAUGUGA